ACAUGAAUAUUUCUGGCUGUGUAUUGGGCAGCGAUCAUCAAUGUGUGAUUAUUAUAAAUUGAUCAUUUCUUUAAUCGUAUAAAUCCUUCGGCGUGUACAGGGAAAUAUUUGUGCGAUUGUAACAAUCGAUGAAUGACUUGUGUCGCACACUUGCACAGUACUGAUUGUUACGAAUAUUUCUGGUGUACCGGCGGGAAGCGAUUUUCAAUUUGUACCGAUAAAUAAACGGCUUGUAUUCCGAGCGCCGCUCCUGUUUCUGUCCGGCGGUGUGUUUUCAUUGGCUGUAGGUUUCUGAAGUCUUUUGGAGAUUAAAGUUGAACAACCAAGCGCGGAUCUACUAUUACUUCUUAUUAUGGAGUAUUGCGGUGAAAUCUUACAUACCGCGAUGUAAAGCUCGCCGUUCUGACGUACUAAGGGUGACCAGAUCGGAGACCCCUGGGAGCGAUGACAGCUACUCGGUUCUGUCAUUAACACGUAACAAUCAGCUUUGGGGUGGUGAGUGACGGAUGCUUAGUGAGCGAGCGCUGCGAUUGGUCGGUGGUUGACAGAUGGUGUGUGUGUGGUCAGUGUGACAGCUUGGUGACUCCCCCCCUCCCCCCCCCUCCUCUGGGACUUUUACACUUGCACUACCAGUUGAUCUGCACAUGUCAUCCAGAAAGGACACUUUUCCUCCUGAGGACCCCAAGCAACACUGCUGUUGUCACUGACUGGGGAGGGACAGAUGCGGAGUAGAGGUCCUAUUACAACUCCAGUACAGUUCCAGGACUCGGACGAUCGGCAGGUGACAUUGGGUGACAGAGGUGACGGUGUCACACCUGCGGAGUAGUGAGGAGCGGCACCACAAGAAGCCACAAGUGGACUAACCUGGAGGCUGUAUACAGGAGCACAGGGAUGAGAUUGUAUAUGAGAUAUUCCUGGAAUGAGGAGAGCCUGGAGCUAGCCCUAUGUGACGCCGGACGCCAUACCUGAAAAAACACAUACCUACCGCCAGAUAGACCCAGCCGGUGAAGGAAGAUGGUGCAGAAGUACCAGUCCCCGGUACGGGUGUACAAGCACCCCUUCGAACUUGUCAUGGCGGCGUAUGAGAAGAGGUUCCCCACCUGCCCGCUCAUCCCGGUGUUCCUGGGCAGUGAUAUCCUAUAUGAGCACAGAAGUGAAGACGGCUCAUUGCACAUGGUGGAGCGCAGCUGUAAGCUCAACGUCGAUGCUCCCCGCCUCCUGAAAAAGAUUGCCGGGGUAGAAUUUGUCCACUUCAUCCAGAAGAACACCUUGAAUUGGAAAGAGCGAACCCUACACAUUGAAGCCCACAACGAGACCUUUUCCACCCGCGUCCUGGUGAACGAGACCUGCAGGUACUCUGUUCACCCUGACAAUGAGGAAUGGACGUGCUUUGAGCAGACGGCCUCUCUGGACAUCAAGUCUUUCUUUGGCUUCGAGAGCACAGUGGAAAAGAUCGCCAUGAAGCAAUACACCGCCAACAUCAAGCGGGGAAAAGAGGUCAUUGAAUUCUACUUGAAUGAGUUGAUAUCUCAGGAAAUCACUCACAUCCCAAGAUGGACUCCUGGUGGAUCAGGGGGCUAUAGCCCUAUUUCUGGGAAUGCCACCAGAGGAUACCUCUCCAGCAUUGAUGGUUCCAGAGAUGACCAGCAGGAGACGUCUACCCCGGGACUGGUUAGAGGAGAGCCUGGAGGACAUAACCAGACUUCCGAACCAGAUGGUGUUAAACUGGAAGCUGAGUAUAUAGAGCGAUAUUUGGGACAGCUCACCCCAAUGCAGGAAAGUACUUUAAUCCACCUCCGACAGUGGUUGAAGGAAACGCACAAGGGCAAGAUACCCAAAGAUGAGCACAUUUUGCGCUUCCUCCACGCUCGAGACUUUAACUUUGAGAAAACUCGGGAGAUGCUCUUCCAGUCUCUGUCCUGGCGCAAGCAAUACCAAGUAGACUAUAUUCUACAGACAUGGCACCCGCCAUCUAUCCUGGAGGAGUACUAUGCUGGGGGGUGGCAUUAUCAUGAUAAAGAUGGCCGCCCCCUGUACAUCCUACGCUUGGGACAAGUGGACACUAAAGGGCUACUGAAAGCUGUGGGAGAAGAGGCCAUAUUGCGUCAUGUUCUCUCUAUCAGUGAGGAAGGUCAGAGGAGAUGUGAAGAAAAUACUCAUCUGUUCGGUUCACCAAUAAGAUCCUGGACCUGCCUUGUGGACCUGGAAGGGCUUAACAUGAGACACCUCUGGAGGCCUGGUGUGAAGGCCUUACUCAGGAUAAUAGAGGUUGUUGAGGCCAAUUACCCCGAAACACUAGGAAGACUUCUGAUUGUACGAGCUCCCCGAGUCUUUCCAGUUCUGUGGACGCUGGUCAGUCCAUUCAUCAACGAAAACUCCAGGAAAAAAUUCUUAAUCUACAGCGGAAACAACUUUCAGGGUCCAGGAGGAGUCGCCGACUACGUGGACAAAGAGAUCAUCCCAGAUUUCCUCGGGGGAGAGUGUGUGUGUAACAUUCCAGAAGGCGGACUGGUUCCCAAAACAUUAUACCAGUCAGAUGACGAAACAGAAACGUCCGAUCAUAUCCGAUUGUGGACGGAGACCAUCUACCACUCUGCCUAUAUCCACAAGGGAUCCCCGCAUGAGAUAUCAGCGGAGAUUCUGGAGGUGGAGUCUGUUAUCACGUGGGACUUUGAUGUGCUCCGUGGAGAUGUGUUGUUUAGCCUCUUCCACUCCAAGAGGGCCCCAGUGACCCAUCAGAAGGACGCCUCCUCCUCCUCGGUACCUUCCACCGCCAGCACCAGCAAUAACGUCCAGCUGAUUGACAAGAACUGGGUGCUGGGGGUGGACUACAGCUGGGUUGAGGCUCCACUCGUCUGCAAAGAAGGAGAGAGUAUCCAGGGUUCUCAUGUGACUCGCUGGCCCGGGUUUUACAUCCUUCAGUGGAAGAUGCACAGCUCAUCGUCUGGCACCAGCAUUGCCCGAGUAGAUGAUGUUUUGGCCUCACUUCAGGUCUCCAGUAACAAGUGUAAAGUCUUGUAUUACUUCGAGGUUCUGGCAUCAGAGGACUUCAGGGGGUCAAUGUCAAGCCUGGAAUCUUGCAGUGGCUUCUCUCAGCUAAGCGGCGUCACCAACACUUCCAACAAGUCUCACACUGGCUCUAUGGUCUCCAGAUAACAGAGGGCCCUGGGGGCUUUGCCCCCUUUGACUCUCUGACCAUAUGCGCACAACUGGCCUUAUUUAUUUCAACAGAGGAUGUUGGGUCCUCGCCUAAUCCUUGAACGUGCCAUGGUAAAAUCUGGCACCACCAGCUCCAGAGAGCCAGCUUAAAGCACAUAACUGAAACUGAAUCUCAUUGCAUUUUGGAGCUUUGAAAUCUUCCGGGUUUUUGUGCCCAAAGACAUCAACCGAGUCAUGAUUGUGAUAUCUUUUGAAACCAAAUACCAAGAAGUGACUGAAUGGCAAUUUACCUCAUACGUUUGGUACUAAUUUAUUAUGCAGCUACCACCACUAACCAAGUCUCGGUUGGUGGCUGAAAAAGCUUCAGCCGAGCAUAGAGUGGUGGGCGAACCUGAAAUGACUAUGAUAGACAAAUGAUCAUUGUAACUUUGGCACUUUGGUUUGUAGGACGGCCUUAGCUAUGAUGUGUAGGUUUUCUGAACUAGCCAUCCUACACUGCCAGCACCUUUUGGCUAUUUUCUAAUACUUUGACUUUAUCUAUUUAACUUAUUUACACAGACUUUUUUUUUUUUCAGAGUGAACUCAGGCCAAUAUUUCUUAAAUAAAUUAAACUCUCUUAGAAGA